CACCCCAGGCAGAGGCUGGGGGUACUGAAGUUGCGGAAACCAGGGCUGGCUCUGGUUAUGUGACUUAGGGAGAGACUGGGUCAAAGACAAGAAGAAGAGAACAUUGGGGGAUAACCAAACUCCUCUGACUGGCAGGGAGACUAGGAAAGAGACUAGGUGGAGCGACUUUGUGAGUGUCUGACAGGGGGAGACCAAGAGAGAGAGAGAGAAAGGGGGAGCUUCCCCCAGGGCGAUGUGUGAGGUGGUGAGAGUCCACUGCAGACCCAAACAGCAGAGAGAGGAAGAGAGAGCGUGAGUGUCUCUGUGCAGCCAUGGCAGGGGACCUGGUGGUGGGGAUGCUGUACAACCUGAUGUUUCCUCUCCUCCUGCUAGCAGCAACAUCUUUUCGCUACAAUGGUCUGUCAGUGGUGUAUUUCUUGUUCCUGCUCACCCUGCCCUUACUCCCCAACCCCACCCUCACCUCCAUGAAAGGGAGGACAGGCAGGUUCCUGGUGUUGAUUUGUUCCACCAGUGUGACCUUCCUAGCUCUGCAGUGUUUCAUGCAGAUCACCUUUGCCUACGUUCCCCUAAACUCCACAGAAUAUACAGAGAAUGUUUUCUACCAUCUGGGCAUUGUACGGUUCAGUGUGGUGGAUCCAGGUAACAUUGUGCGUCUCCUGGCUCCAGACCUGGGGCUCUUCCUGUCUGGACUCUUUCUGCUCCGCCUCUGCAAGAAGCUGCUGCGCCCCGCUCCCCAGAUCAGUUUCCAUGACAACGGCAUCACCUCCUCUGAGCAGGAAGAAGAAGUGUCGGAUACAGAGUCUGAGGGAGGAAGUGACAUCACAGACGGCUCAUCCUGUGACACCUCAGAUGAGAGCACACCGGUCCAGUCAUCCCCGCCACAGUUUAUCACAAAGCUGUUGGUGUUUGCUGCAGGGGUCCGACUCGUCCUGUCCACCAUCAUGAACACUGCAGGGAAGGUGGUGGUCACCAUACUACUGGGCCUGGCUGGCAUCGCCCUACCCUCCCUGACGUCUGGGGUGUAUUUCGGGACAUUCUUGGGCCUAGUGUGGUGGUGGGUGUUUGGGCGCUCCAUCAACCUGCUAGUCUUCAGCACCCUGUGUGUGUUCAUGGCCAUCUUCAGCGCUGGGCACCUUCUGGCCCUCUACCUCUACCAGCUGCCCCUGGCCCAGCAUCUUGUGCCCCCCCACGACGUCUACGCCAGGUUGUUUGGCAUGACAGCGUUCAUCCACACCAACCAGUCAGAGCCCUACAGCCUGGGCUUGCACGCUGACGCUAGCUGGCCUGUGUUCACCAACCCACUGGCUCUGCUGCUGCUGUACUACACCCUGGUGGCCUUGCUGCACAAGUGGGUCCAUCUCAGCGAGGAACAGGUGACAGAGGAGAAGCCGGAGACUCCAGUGGAGAGCCCUGAGCAGGAGCCUCCAAGCUUCUGUAAGAUCCUGUAUAUCCCUGGAGACAGGAACGAGCUUCUAACCAGCACAGACGAAGAGACCUACCUACCAGACGAGCCCAUGGUGCUAAUGGGGGGGACUUCCUGGCAUGACUUGCGCAGCCACCAGCUGGGCUCACGGCUGGGUGAGGGCGGCUACACCAACUGCUACCCUCCUCCCCAGUAUGAAGGAGCAGACUCACUGUCAGAAGAGUUAGACACAGAAGCAGAGGAGAAAGAGAAGACUGAGUUAUUAGGAAGUGGUGUGGAGACUCCUCCCCCCACGCCGGCCCCCAGUGGUCUGGUUGUAUUUGGUCUGCUGGUCAUGAAACACAGCUACGUUAGCGCCCUCAUCAUCAUGAUGGUGUGGAGCAUCACCUACAACAGCUGGUUGACCUUUGCCCUGCUGGUAUGGUCCUGCGCCAUCUGGAUGAUGCGUGACCGCCGGCGCUACGCCAUGCUGAGCGCACCCUUCCUGGCGGUGUACGGCACAGUGCUGGUGGGCGCGGCCUGGCUCAGCGGGCUGAGACUGAGCAGGGAUGAGCUCUACCCCCACCUGCACCCCGCCAUGGUGGUGGACUUUGACCUCAGCAGCUCCUCUGCACCCUGCGCCCACCUGGGAGCCAAGGUGUGCUAUGCCUUCAGUUUCUGGCUGCUGUUCCGUCAGCAACUGCGGGAGCGAAAGGAGGAGCAGAGCCAGCAGGAGAUGGAGACUCUGGAUGAAGUCAAAGUUCUGCCACCGGAGGAACCAGAACCCUCCCCCUUGGCCUCUCUGCUGGGCAAGGAGCUGAGGGGCUUCCUGGUGAAGUACUGGAUCCUGUUUUGCUGCUCCAUGUUCUUCGUGGUCAGCUUCUCGGGGAAGGUGAUGGUCUACAAGAUCCUCUAUAUCGUCCUCUUCCUCUUCUGCAUCAUACUCUACCAGGUUCGUUACGAUGUGUGGCGCCGGGUGCUGAAGUACUUCUGGGCGGUGGUGGUGGGCUACUCCAUGCUAGUGCUCAUCGCCAUCUACAUGUAUCAGUUCAGGAGUGUCUCAGGCCUCUUCAGGCAGAUCAUGGGCAUGUCAGAGGAGGGCCUGCGUGACCUGGGUCUGGAGCAGUACGACACGGUGGAGCUGUUUGCCAAGAUCCUGCUCCCCGCCACCUUCCUGCUGGCCUGCAUCCUGCAGCUGCACUACUUCAACAACGACUUCCUGGAGCUCACGGACCUUGACAACGUCCCUGUCCGCCAGGGAGCAGACAGAGAGAAGGAGCUGAGGGACUCAGUCAGUGUGAUCUCUGACACGAUCAAAGAAAACAUUGAGAAGCUCCAGCAAAGACUGGUGAAGGAGCAGCUGAGUGGGGAGAGCCAGGAGACCCUGGACAGUAUUGGACUGUCCACAUCCUCUGAAGGGAAAGAUGCACAGCAGGAAGAGAAAGGCAGCCCAGGGGAACCAUUGGGCAAGUGGACGCGGAUUGUAGACCAAGCCAGCCUGUUGUUGCUGCAAGGCCUGCUAGGCCUCCAAAGGGCCCAGGAGAUAGGCUGGAGAAUCCUAGAGCUCCACAGCCUCAAGAUUGUCUCCACUGUUAUCAUCUGGGUAUCCUUGCAAGAGGUGUCCCUGAUGAACUUCCUGUUCCUGGUGCUGUGGACUCUGGCCCUGCCCAUGCCCCACCUCCGGCCCCUUGCCUCCAGUGUAUCCUGUGUGUGGGCCUGCAUCAUGGUGGUGUGUAAGAUGAUGUAUCAGCUCAAAGUCAUCAAGCCUCUUGAGUACUCCUCCAACUGCACCGACCAUUUGUUAUCAGUCAAUGGAACAGAUCCGGUUCUGGAAGGGAACAUGGCUGAGCUGCUGAAGAGGUCAGUUUUAUACGUGGAACCUGUGGAUCCAGCCGUGUGGUGUGGAGAGCUGAGGAAGUGUGAGGAGCGGAUCCUCCCCUGCCUGCGGAACCACCUGAUGGUUCUGGGCGUGCUUCUGUUUGAGGUGACCGUGCACCGUCACCAGCUCUACUACCGUCUCCAUAACGACCUGAAGACCCCUCCGUUCAGCAUCAUCUUCCAAGGAAUCACCCGGCAACACCUGGACCAAGGCAUCCUACCCUGCCUCAAGUACAUGGUCAACUACGCCUACUACAAGUUUGGACUGGAGGUGUGCUUAAUCGUGGCAGUGAAUGUGAUUGGCCAGCGUAUGGAUUUCUACGCACUGCUACACUCCUGCGCGCUAUUGGCUGUCCUGUCCCGGCGUCGUAGAAAGGCCAUUGGGGAGGUUUGGCUCAAGUACUGUUACUUCACAACAGGCCUGAUGAUCCUCCAGUACCUGCUCUGCAUCGGACUGCCCCCUGCCUUCUGCCUCGACUACCCCUGGAGGACCUCCAGCCAGACCCUGACCUCCAACAUCAUCAAGUGGUUCUACAUGCCAGACUUUGCCAUGAGGCCCAACCCUUCCUUCAUCCUAUAUGACCACUUCCUGUUGCUGUGUGCGGCGCUGCAGUUGCACGUGUUUCAGGAGGAGAACCGUGCGGCCGUGCGUCUCCUGGCCGGGGAGAACGUUGAGAUCAGCCGCAGCCUGGACCCCUGCUCCCUCAACCAGUAUAUCCCUGUUAACAACUUCCUCCACUGCAGGUCCUACUUGGACAUGGUGAAGGUGUUUGCGUUCAGCUACUUCUUCUGGCUGGUGUUGUGUCUUAUCUUCAUCACGGGCACAACACGCAUCAACCUCUUCUGCCUGGGCUACCUGGUGGCCUGCUUCUACUUCAUGUUGUUUGGGGGCAGCCUGCUCAUGAAGCCAGUGCGCUACAUCCUGCGUCUGUGGGACUGGCUGAUUGGCUACACCUGCUUCGUCAUCGCCAUGAAGAACCUGUUGUCUCUUGGCUCCUGUGCGUACCUGGACAGCCUGCUGAAAAAUGGUUGCUGGCUCAUCCAGGCCUUCAGCAUGGUCUGCACCAUUAAGGGCUACGAUAUCCCGGCCCCGGAUGACAAAUGUGAGCUGCCGGAGGGCGAGGCUGGCAUCGUGUGGGACGCCAUCUGCUUCACCGUCCUCCUAGUGCAGAGACGAGUCUUCCUCAGCUACUACUUCCUGUACGUGGUGUCAGACCUCCGGGCCUCCAAGAUCCUAGCCGCCAGGGGAGCUGAGCUGUUUGAGGCCAAGGUGAAGAAGCUGGUGGCUGCCAGGUUGGAGAUGGAGAAGAAAUCUGUGGAGACGCUGAAGAAACAGAUGGAGAAGAUCAAGUCCAAGCAAACGAGUCAUCCUGCAGGACCUUCCGGAACAACAGCACCCCCUGCAGUCCAGGACACACAUGAUGGGAGUGUGGGAAGAGAGAGUGGAGGACAGGGAGACCAGGGUCAAUGGUGGAAGCCAUGGGUCUCCCAGCCCACAGUGGGGGACUCUUGUGGAUAUCACCUGUUUGAGAGUGACAGUGAAGAAGAGGAGGAGGAGGUUCAAGAGAGCAAAGAGGAAGAUGCACCACCUAAGAAGAAAACUGCCUUUCAGCUUGCCUAUGAUGCCUGGGUAACCAGCUCCAAGGCAGCACUGAAAGGACAUAAGAAGGAGGAGAAGAAGAUGAAAAAGGAGGAGAAGAGGAGAGCAAAGAGAGAGCUCCAGAGACAGCAGGGUAUCGACAGAGCAGACUCCAGCGAGGAUGAGUUGGAAGAAAGCUGUCCGAAUGAAGAUGGCGAUGAGGAGAAAGAGAAUAUUCUCCAGCGCUGUCUGGACACUCUCAGAUUCGGAUGGGUCGUCCUCCUGUCGCUGAUUGAUGACCUCACAGAGGGCCUGAACUCCUUUUGCAAAAACAACCUGGCCAUUUCUAAGGUGCUGCGCUUUGAGAGGGCCCUGCUGAACGAGCAGCAAAAGAAGGGUAAGGAAGUGUCUCAGGACAGCGUGAAGCGUUUCUAUGACAACUGGAGGUCCAGACAGAGCACGCUGGCCUCGCUGGAUGACGAGGAUGAGGUACCUCUGACCCCCGCCUCCUCGCCCCCGCCCCUCCCCUCCUCCCCCCGGGGCUACGUCAAGCUGAGGCACGCCCAUUCCAAGCUGUCCUGGGGCAGCAGUAUUUCCAGCUGCAUGACAGAUGAUACCCUGCUGAUGUCUCGUCAGCCCACCCAGGAUGACCUGGAAGACCCUCCUCUCCUGGAGCCUCCCGUCCACGAGCUCAGACGCAAGCUUCUCAAGAUGGCCAAUGUGGAGAGUGACGAGCCUCCUCCCAGCCUUGAAGAUGCUGAGGGGGAGGACAGAGAGACAGAGCCCCAGUCUAAAGAGGAAGAACAGGAGGAGCAGAAGCAAGGGGAGGCGGACACGGCUGACCAAGAGGAGGAGUGGAGAGAAGGAGCACAGGGACAGGAGCAGUGGAGAGAAGAAGAGGAGGAGGAGGAGGAGGAGGAGGAGGAGGAGGAGGAGGAGGAGGAGGAGGAGGAGGAGGAGGAGGAGGAGGAGGUGGAGGAGGAGGAGAAAGCUGAUCUCCUGGAGGUCGUGGACCGUGAGGGGCUGAGCGUGGAUCUCCCAGACUCCCCCAGGCCAUUGAGCCAGGAGACCAGGAACCUCACUGCCAGCGAGCUCCUUCUUAACAACAUGUUUGACAAUGAUGAGAUUGGCGAGUCGGAUAAGUUCUACCAGUCUCUGCCCAGACACCUGCGCCUGUCACUGGCCCUCUACAACAUCAUGGUGUCCCAGUCAGAGAUGCUGUGCUACUUUGUCAUCAUCCUCAACCACGUUGUGUCUGCCUCGAUGCUCACCCUGAUCCUCCCCAUCCUCAUCUUCCUCUGGGCCAUGCUGUCUGUCCCCAGGCCCACCAAACGCUUCUGGAUGGCUGCUAUUAUAUACACAGAGCUGACUGUGGUGGUGAAGUAUUUCUUCCAGUUUGGCUUCUUCCCCUGGGCCACCUCAGCCUACCGCGGCAUCAACGCAGACCGUCCCUUCGCCCUGCCCAACAUCGUCGGCGUGGAGAAGAAAGACGGAUAUGUCCUUUUCGACCUGAUUCAACUACUCGCUCUCUUCUUCCAUCGCUCCAUCCUUAAGUGCCACGGCUUGUGGGACAACAAAGAAGUGGAGAUGCCUGACUUCUUCAAGAAGCUGAAGAAGAAGACAGAGAAGAAAAAGAUGGCAGGAGAGAGAGGAGAGAAGGGGGCAGGGAAGCGACGGGUGCCAUUCCUUCCCCUCCAGGCCUCCACUACAUCAUGGUUUUGCAGACGGAAGGGGGACAGCUCCACAGAGAACGGAGGCGUGCAGGUUAAGAAUCGCCACUCCAAGAGGAGGAGAGGCCACUCUAAGGUUCCCCUGACCAGGAAAGAGAGACUCAAGCAGCAGAUCAGAGAGAGGAUUCUGGAGGCCAAGGCUGCAGUCAUAGAAGUAGCGCUACACAUCUACCUUCCCAUCAGGCAGUUCUUUUAUGACAUCAUCCACCCAGAGUACAGCCCAGUGUGUGACGUCUACACUCUUAUGUUCAUCAUUGAUGUCGUCAACUUCAUCGUCAUCAUAUUCGGAUACUGGGCCUUUGGGAAACACAGUGCAUCAGCAGACAUCACAGAGUCUCUGUCUGAGGACCAGGUUCCUGAGGCCUUCCUGGUCAUGCUGCUGAUCCAGUUUGGCACCAUGAUCGUGGACCGGGCCCUCUAUCUAAAGAAGACCCUGAUGGGGAAGUGUGUGUUUCAAGUGGGCCUGGUGUUUGGAAUCCACUUCUGGAUGUUCUUCAUCUUGCCUGGGGUCACAGAGAGGAGGUUCAACCAGAACAAAGUGGCCCAGCUCUGGUACUUCGUAAAGUGUAUCUACUUUGGCCUGUCAGCCUAUCAGAUCAAGUGUGGCUACCCCAACCGCGUCUUGGGAAACUUCCUCACCAAGAACUACAACUUCCUCAACCUCUUCCUUUUCCAGGGCUUCCGGAUGGUUCCAUUCCUGACUGAGAUGCGGGCAGUGAUGGACUGGGUCUGGACCGACACCACCCUCAGCCUGUCCAGCUGGAUCUGUGUGGAGGACAUCUACGCCAACAUCUUCAUCCUCAGGUGCGGGAGGGAGUCGGAGAAGAAAUACCCCCACGUGCCUGGCCAGAAGAAGAAGAAGGUGGUGAAGUAUGGGAUGGGAGGCUUCAUCAUCUUCGCACUCAUUUGCAUCAUCUGGUUCCCUCUUCUCUUCAUGUCAUUGGUCAAAUCAGUGGCAGGGGUGAUCAAUCAGCCUCUUGAUGUGUCCAUCCAGCUAGGCAUAGCAGGAUAUGAGCCUCUGUUCACCAUGAGUGCCCAAGAGCAGAACCUGGUUCCAUACUCUGGAGCGGGCUUCAACCGUCUUACCAACCGCUAUGCCACUCAUCCAUCAGCGAUGCAGUUCAUAGUGAACUACGGGGCCGAGGACCUUGUGACGGCUAAGCUCAAGAGUGAUGCCAGUCUGCUGUGGACCAUCAGCCCAGCCAGCAGAGAAGCCAUGAUCCAGGAGCUCAGCAACUCCUCCCACAUAUACAUCACCCUCCAUUGGACACUGCUCAGAAAUGCCUCUCUGUCGGAGCACGCAGAGUCAGUGGGAGAACACACUGUGAAGUAUGAGGACCAAGUGCUGAGAGACGCAUUAAUCCGGAUGCUUAAAGGGACACACAGUGAACCUGUGAUUAUUCACAACCUACUACCCAAGUUCAUCCGAGGGCCCUCUGGCCCAGAAUCCAAGAUGGCGUCCAGACUACAGGUCGAGCACUCUGACCGGCCAGACGACAUAAAAACCUUCGCCUUCUUCCGCCCCCUGUCCAUAAAGCUGCAGCGCAGCAAUGGGAGUGAGGGGGGUCAGUGGUGGGUGGUGGAGGAGUGUGCUCCAGGUCCCAUCCAUGUCCAGAGCAGCUGUGGCAGCAUUGAGAUAGGAGUGUUCAACAACAAGGUCAGCCCAUCCAGUUUGGGCUUCCUGGCAGGACACGGCAUUGUGGGUCUGUACAUGUCAGUGGUGUUGGUCAUCGGGAAAUUUGUCCGGGAGUUCUUCAACGGGAUUUCACGCUCUAUCAUGUUUGAGGAACUGCCUUGUGUAGACCGUGUUCUGAAGCUCUGUACAGACAUCUUUGUGGUGAGGGAGACAGGUGAGAUGGAGCUGGAGGAAACAAUGGUUGAGAAGCUUAUCUUCCUCUACCGCUCACCAGAGACCAUGAUCAAGAUGACCAGAGAGAAGAAGGACAGCUAAAGAUGGGUGGCCCAGAAGGUUCCCUUGGAAGCUUUUACCAGGCUACAUCUGACCGGAAUAUAUAGGUUAAACCAUGAUGGCCAUCGCUCAAACCAAUCUUGAUUGGUGGCGGGCGAUGCAAAUUCCAACUAUUUCAAAUAUUGAGACUUUUAUCCAGCAAAAGCAUGGAGCUGCCAUCUUGUAAUAUCUAUUCCUGAGAGGGCAGACAGACAUCAUCGCUAUCAUAAAGAGGACAAUAUAUCAAACACUUUCUUAUUGUUCACUGUCAGUUAUCUCAAGUUCACAUUGUGAUUGCAAAAAAUGCAUGCAUUUUUAACUACUGACUGUUUCUACAAUGUUUUACAACAGCAGGCCAUAAUCCCUUAGAAAUAUGAAAAAUAUGUGACCAUCUCAUGUCAAGCCUACUCAUUGUGCAGAUAAAUCCUUUCCAGUGACAUACUUUUGGUAUCUAACCUCAUGUUGCCCUGUACUAUUCUCUCUGUACAUGAUGCUUAUUCCUUAUUUGAUGUCAAAAUAAAGUAUUUGU